UCGAGAGGGAGGAGCAAAGAGAAGCCUAUUUCUUCCUCUCUUUCUUUCUCUCGUACCCUUCCUCUCGAUUUCUCUCACUACAUCUGACCAAACGCUGUCUCCCUCUCCUCUCUCUCUCUCUCUCUCUCUCUGCAACAGAUACGCAUAAGUAUAUGCGGGUGAGGAUUGAGGUUUCGUUGAUUCUGCUGAAUUCGCGUCUGUUCUGGGCCAACAUUAGUCAAUUUUCAGUCUGAAUCCGAGAUAAAUCUCAGCUGCGAAUUGGCAGAGCUUCCGAUUUCUUAUUGUGUUUCAAGCGAUACUCGAUUCGAAAGGUGUUGAAUUGGAGGGGAUGCGUGGAAUUGGUGCGGUUUUGGAGAGGAAUCAGUGAAUUUGAGCGAAAUUUGGGAGUGAUUGUUCUGAUUUUUUUGGGUGUGAAUUUGAAAGUUUAUGGAGAAAGUGGAAGGAGGGGGAGUCCCUCCGAACAAGGCUCAAUCAGAUACGCCGGUGUCGGCGUCGGAUUUCCCCGCGAAGAAGCUAGCGAGGCAGCUGGAUUUCACGGGAUUAGGCGGUGCUUCGGCGGCCGUGGUUUUGCCGGAGCACCCUCAGCAGCCGGCGGCUCGCCCGAUGUUACUGCCGCGUUCGCAGGUCCAGACGGUUACGCAGAUGCAGCCCCCGCCACAACCACAGUCGCAGCAACAGCCACUGUUGGUGCCUAAACAAUCUCAGUCGCCUAUUCCCUCAAUACGGCCCGUAAAGUCAGAAUCCCCUAGAGUUCGGGCAAGAACAAAUGUUGAAGUAAAAGAUAAUACUCCAAAGAAGCAAAAACAGUGCAACUGUAAACACUCACGAUGCUUGAAGUUGUAUAAGGUUGGUUGGAGAUUAGAAUCAAGAGAUAAGAAGUCCGAAGAAAAAGGAGGCAGGUACUGUGAGUGCUUUGCAUCUGGAGUAUAUUGUGAUGGCUGCAACUGUGUAAAUUGUCACAACAAUGUUGAAAAUGACACUGCCAGGCGAGAGGCAGUUGAAGCUACCCUGGAGCGUAAUCCAAAUGCCUUCAGGCCAAAAAUUGCUAGCAGUCCACAUGGAAGCAGGGAUAAUAGGGAGGAAGCUGGGGAAGUCCUGGUAUUGGGGAAGCACAACAAGGGAUGUCAUUGCAAGAAAUCAGGCUGCCUGAAAAAGUACUGUGAAUGCUUCCAGGCUAAUAUUCUCUGCUCUGAAAAUUGUAAAUGCAUGGACUGUAAAAAUUAUGAAGGUAGUGAAGAGAGGCAAGCUCUUUUCCAUGGAGACCAUGCCAAUAACAUGGCAUAUAUCCAACAGGCAGCAAAUGCUGCCAUCACUGGUGCUAUUGGUUCUUCAGGCUAUGGUUCUCCCCCAUUGUCCAAGAAAAGAAAAGGUCAAGAGCUCUUUUUUCCACCAACUGCCAGAGAUCCAUGUGUUCACAGGCUUGCACAAUACCAGCAGACUAACCACAUAAAAGCUUCUGCUCACUGUCCUUCCAUGACCUCCAUCCCUGUUCCACGGGUCAGCAACAAUGCAACACUGGGCCUAUCAAAACUUACAUACAGGUCACUCUUAGCAGACAUCAUUCAACAUCAGGACUUAAAGGAGCUCUGCUCAGUUUUGGUCGUGUUUUCAGCUGAAGCUGCCAAGACUCUUGCAGACCAAAAAAAAGCAAUGGAGAUUCAGGCAGAUGAUCGGAUGGAAAGUUCCCUUGGUGGAGCUGAAGCUCAGGUACAGAGCCAGAAGGAAUCUGAUAUUGAAAAAACUGUAGUUAACGAUUGCUCAAGCGCAAACCAGGCUGAGAAAAUCAGCCCUGAUGAAUCAAGUUCAGAUGGUAUGGAUACAUCAAAAGGCCGGCCAAUGUCUCCUGGAACUCUGGCAUUGAUGUGUGAUGAACAGGAUACAAUGUUCAUGGCUGCUGCUUCUCCUAAAGUUUUGCUAGGCCAUGGUAGUAACCCAUCUUCACAGUUGCCUCCUGGGCAAGGCAUGACAGAGGUUUAUGCAGAGCAAGAAAGGAUUGUAUUGACAAAGUUUCGAGAUUGUCUCAACAGGCUUAUCACCUUAGGAGAAAUAAAAGAAACAAAGUGUUCAUCAAUGGUAGAGUCAGGAGGUCUAACAGACCCCGAAAGCAAUGAUGUUGAACAUACCAGGACCGAAACAAGGCAUCAACAGGAACCAUAUGGGAAUGGUAUUGCAAAAUUUACUGCUCCACCUGCAACACCUCAAAUGGUUACUGCUGCAACCACUGCUUCAAGUAAACAUCUGCUCUCCAAGAUUCCAUCCCCUGCAGAGAAUGGGGAUGCAAAGUCCAAGACUGAGAAAUAGAUGUAAAGGAAUUAGCAAUAAGGUUCACCAACAGGUACUGUACUGCAUCUCUGUAACAUUAAGCCAUUAUUGGCUUGUCUUUGAUGCAGCAGCAGGAUCAUAUUUAUCCCUCUCAUUAGAACCAGCCAUUGUCUAAUCAUUUCUUACGCUAUUCAUUAACACCUAUUCUAUUUCACUUUUUCAGCCUCAA